AUGAAGGCGCUGCGCGCGCCCUGCCGCAUCAUCGCCGAGAACGCGGGCGUGGAGGGCGAGGUGGUCGUGCAGAGGCUGCUGGGCCAGCCCUUUGCCAUGGGCUACAACGCGAUGACCGACAGCGUGGAGGACCUGCUGGCGUCGGGCGUCAUCGACCCCGCCAAGGUGACGCGCAACGGCCUGCAGAACAGCUGCUCCAUCGCAGGCAUCAUGCUGACCACGCAGGCCGUCAUGGUCGAGCGGACCAGGUCGGGGGCCGCGCCCGGCGGCAUGGGCGCGGCCGGCAUGCCCAGCGGGCUGUCCAUCUAA